AUGGAUGGUGAAAGUUUUGCUGAAAAAUUAAAAAAAUUCAAUCAAAAACCUGUCAUGGGAAUUCGUAUAUCUAAACCACAUAUUACUCAUAAUGAAUCAUCAUUAGAUUUAUCUCAACCAGAAAAAUCAGAACGAUUAAAAUCUAAUGAUUUCAAUCAAUCAUUUGAUGAUAUCAAUUCAACAAAAUCUGAUCAUACGACUUCAUCAUCAAAAACAUCUCUUCCACAUGAUACAAAUUUAGCACAAACCUUUGUUUCAGGUUUAAAAAAAUCAACUGUAACAUUACCGAAAUCACCGACUAUCGAUCGAAAUGAAAAUAAACAUUCCGAAUCAUCAAAUCAUUUACAAGAUACUACUAGAUCUUCGAAUGUUUCUUCAAAUGUAAUUAGUAAUACAAAUUUAAAGAAGCCACCUGUAGUUUUACCUAAAUCAUUUACUAACAAUCGAAAUGAAAAUAAACAAUCCGAAUUAUUAGCUAUUUCACAAGAUACAAUUUUAUAUUAUCCCUAUCCUUCCAAACCAAACACAUUUACUGAUGUAAAAAAACCACCAGUGUCUCUACCAGUUUCAGUUAAUUCAGAUUCGUCAUCUAAUUUAGAUAAAGAAGAAAUGCCAUCUCCUGUUAUUUCUUCAAAUACAAAUAAAGGAUCUGUACUUUCAUCGAAUUCCAUUCAUCUAGAUCAGCAUGAAGAUAAUCAUAAUGAAUUCAUAUCUAUUUCACUUAAUACAAUGUUAUCUCCGAAAUGUAUGUUUUAUAAAUUUGAAAGCUCGAUUAAUGAUUAUAAACGACGAGAUCCUCGAACAAUUAUAUAUCAAAAAAUGAAAGUACCGAUGCCAAAAAUUUCAACAAAUGAAAUCAAUAUUCUUCAACGAUAUUCAAAUAAAUAA